UUAACACUUUGUUUCAAUGUCAUAUGGUUGCUGGCACAUGGUCUGUCUGCUUUGACUUACCCACUUGAUACUCUUAAAGUCCUUUUGCAGGUGAGUGCAGAUGCCAAUACUCGACCGACCACUGCUCAGGUCCUUCUCAAGGUUCGCACUUUAUCAGGCUAUUCAGGUUUGUACAAUGGUCUUGGGUGGUUGGCAGUGGGACGAGUGUUAGGUGUUGGUACUCGUUUCGGCAUUUAUGAACUAUUGACCUCAUUCUACAAAGAUGGUCGAGAUGACAAUUUUGUGUAUGUCGCUGAGGCUUUAAUGGCAGGAAUUGUUGCUGGGGCUGCAGAAUCAUUCGUAACUUCCCCAUUUGAGCUUAUCAAACUUCGUGCUCAGGUCAGUUCUGCUUAUCGAAUUCGAGGCACUGCAUUAGACAUUAAAAGGGAUGCUGCUUCUCCUUUAANGGGUAAUGCCAUGAAAGAAUAUCCAUGGAUGAUGAGUGGGUAUGGGAAACCUCCCUCUAUUUGUCAUGUUAGACGGCCAUCAGAUGUAGUCUCUCUUGAAGGGUGGGGUGCUUUGUGGAGACGAGUGAGGUCAGGAAUCAUCCGAGAUUCUGUUUUUGGUGGCAUAUUCUUUUCAAUCUGGCAACUCCUACACGAAACAAUGCUCGAUUGGAAAGCUGUUAAGAUGACUCCCAUACCUAGGCUUGAUGAAGAUGUAGGCCCAUUGUCUCCUUUAUCUGUUAGUCUUGCAGCCGGAUUUUCUGGUUCAGUUGCUGCUGCUGCUUCCCAUGUAUUUGAUACUGCAAAAAGUCGUGAUCAGUGCAAUGUUUUGCCUAAGCAUGUAUACAUGGAGGAAAAGUUUUUCAAAUUGGGACUUCCUGGCAAGGAACUUGACAGAUGGACUGGAAUUCAUCCAGCAGACCAAAAAAUACUGUAUCGUGGCAUUUUGUUUUGGAUGGCACGCAGUGGAGUUGCAUCAUUCGUGAUUGUAGGAAGUUACUUUUUAACGAUUGAUCAACUAUUCUCUUGAUUCAAGGAGUUCCACAGCUGCAGAACAGAUCAAAGGUCUGUUUUCUCCUUACAUCAGAUUCAAUACAUAUGAAAAUGUUAUGCAAAGCAAUUAUAUUUUAUUUUAUUUUUCCUUUCUAAUAUUCUUUUGGGUUUUCGUUAAUAAGAACUGAGAAACUUAGCUUUGGAUUUAAGUCUUGUAUUUUUAAUAAGCUAAUUAAAAAAUGAGUACCAAUGGAUUGAAACUUGAAAGAUUACUUCUGUUUUUGUUUUUUUGUUAAAUAAUAAAAAUUUGAGUAAUUCCCAAGAACUUAUAAGGGUAUAUAUUGUGUUUUAUUUUGAAUAUGGGUAUUUUAAUUAUUUAAAUGAUAUUCCUUUUCUAUUCCUUGCUCAACCAAACACAAGAAUAUGAUUCCUUCUAUAAUCUCAUGUUUAUUCUCCUUGUGAACCAAACAUUAUAAUAGUAUUUCUGUUCUAUUCUUUACUUAUUUCAUUCCCAUUGGAAUUCUUUUAUAUUCCUUUUUAUUUUUAUUCUUUAUACCAAACGGCACGUUUGGCAUGGCUGAUAAGAAGGUAGCUUUAAUGAUUUAUGAAAAUUUUAAAAUAAAAUCUCUAGAUAUGAUUACAUACAUGGAAUUUAACCUCAUUUCAACAUCAUAAGCAAUGGAACAAACCAUACAUUAUCAUAAAACAAGGUCAAAACAAAUCACCCAAAAAGACACUAAUUACACAAUGGGUCCCAAAAUUUGAAUCUGUGGUUUUUUUUUUGGUCAAUGUACAGCAAGUGGUGCCUCCAUUUUGGUGAGGGCUAUUUUUCAUUUUUUCCAUGACUACCCAUCUUCAUCUUUUGAUCCAAUAAUCAUUGUACUUACAAUCCAAGGGGGGUAGUGUUGACUUAGUUUGAGCUUCUGCUUUGACUUUUGUUUGUGGAUGCAUGCAUUAUAAGCAUAAUUAGCUUCACUCAAAAGCUACACAUUGGCCUAUCAAUCAUUCAUUUUUCAGUUUCUCCCAAAACAAAAUCCUUAAAAAACAAUCAUCCUACAAUCCAGAAUGGGAAGGUAGAAUUAUUUAUUGUCAGACAAAUUCACUCCACCAGACAUGUUGUGUAUGUAUAAUGUGUUUGACAAGUGUAUUUGUGUCUGCAAUGUUCUAUAUUCAAUUCAGUGCUUUCUUAAAAGGUGGAGAUGGAAGAAUGAAGUUUGCUUUCAAUUGCAUUCUUCUGUACUAUAGAUUUGAAGAUUUCCUUCUAGGGGGUUUAGUGUAGUUGUACAAAUCUGAAGGAGAAAGUUUCUCCUUUAGAGUACAAUGUAGUACCAUAAUAUAUGACAUUAUCUGAAGAAAAAGAAAAUGAAAAAACUUGAUGAACAAGUUGAGAUUGGGCCAGGAGCAUAUGUUUGUUAUGUAUGCAAUGAUAGUGGCAUUUCAAUUUGAUUUGAUCAAAUUCCCAAUUCAAGCAAAACCAUUUCUUGAUGAGGAAACCAACAACAGACAUAUGGUAGGGGAUGUUGCUUCCUUUGCUCACAAUUAUUUUUGUUUUAUUUAUCUAUUUAUUUAUAUUUUUGAGUGAUGAGGGGAAUCCACAACCACUACCCAGAGUGUGCUCCAGUUAAACACGCCUUGUGACCUUAACUGGCAAAGGACCACAAGAAGGUAAACAAUACUAGGUAAUUUUUCAUAAUUGACCAGUUCAAGUCAAGAACACCAAUAGGUCACUCCCAUUCGGAGCGAACUUAUAAUCAUGUAAUUACCAAACUAACAACCUGACGCCGAGUAACUUGGCUGGAGUUACUCCCAAAUAUUUUUGUUUUAAAGGGCAGUAUACUUAGACAUGCACGUAGCCCUACCCCUCCCCCUCCCCCUCCCCCACACCUUCUCCUCAUUUGCACGUGUCAUUGUGUGUAAAUGCAGUCUUGUAUUGUAUGGGUGAGAUGAUUACCAUCCUAAUGCUUACUAGCUAAUUAAGCAACUAAAAAAGUAGUGUUUUAUUAUCUGACAAAAAAAGUUGUUAAACCAUUCAAUUAAACACACCAUGAUAAUGACAAGUACACAUUUGUCAAAAUGACAAAAUCGUAAGUGAUAUUAGUUGGAUGAAAAAAAUCCUUGUGUAGAAUUGUAUUUAAAUUGUAGAUUUGUAAAUCCAGUGGACUUUGGACUUUUUGUUAGUAUAUUGUAGAUUUGUAACACUACUUACAAGUUUACAACUCUUACUAAUUUAAGUUGUAAGAUCAAAAAUGGAUUUGAAAUUUGUCAGAAUUAUAAAUUCGGGUUUUUUCCACCCGAACCCAAACCCAACCCGAAAAGUGAACCCGAAUCCGAACCGUUUUACACUUCGGUUCGAGCUCGGUUGUGAAUUUGUCUAACUCGGUUGUGAAUUUGUCUAACCCGAAAUAUUUCGGGUAUCUAUUUCGGUGUAGUGUUGUUGUUGUUGUAUAUUUUGUUUGUAAUUUGUAAUGUCUAAAUGGUAUGGAUACUAACAGUUCUUUGUCAUUUCAUCUUCUCCUUCUUUCUUGAAACUGGACUGAGCCAGGGAUUCAUUAUAUUGUAUGAUUCUACUUGUAAAAAUUAUAUAUUGGAUUGUGUACUUAAUCUCUUUAUUUAUUCA